GCUUACGUGGAGUACUCAAACGAGCUCGACGCACUUACUCCUUCGAUGGUGACUUGGCAACCGUAUCUUGAUCCAUAUUUCGCCAGCAUACAGUUGAGCAGCAUGUGCUCAAUAGACGAGAACCUCUACCUCAUGAGGUGUCCCCUCAUCUGUUUUUAUGCUGUUGAGUACCACUUGCCCCACAGAGUUGCUCGACAGUUCGGAUUGCGCCAGGAGUUUCCGGUGGAGCCAUUCUCGACUUCAAUAGAACUUCAUAAGUUCGACAGACAGAGACAGAAGAAGGUCAUGGACUUCGAGACGCACCAUCGUGAUUACAUUGAUGAAUGGGACCAGCAGGGGGAUCUGAACUAUGAGAAUGACCAGGCGCACACAAACUGCAACUUCCGGAGGUAUUUGAUUUGUAUAGUGACAUCCGCAUUGAGUAGCCAGGUCCGGCAGCCUGGGGGCCAGUUCUAG